CAUAUCCAGAUUCAUCUGAUAAACCUGCAUCUCUUUAUAAUGGAUAAAUCAUACUCUCUAAACUUCACAGUUCAAUACUGCUUUCCUGGAAACAAUGCAUCCUGCAGAAAGCAGGUCCGAUCAGACCCUGCAUAUAUAUUUUUGUUCAUUUUUCUCUCAUGUAUAUCUGUGUGUACUGUGAUUUUGAACUUGUUGGUGAUUAUCUCCAUCUCUCACUUCAAGCAGCUCCACACUCCAACCAACCUGCUCAUCCUCUCUCUGGCUGCAGCAGAUCUUCUCGUGGGAUUGUUUGGUAUGCCUAUGAAAAUAAUACAACUGAAAGACUCCUGUUGGUAUUUUGGAGACACUGCAUGUUCUGUCUCUGAAAUCAUCAUCAGCUAUGCAAUGACAUCUUCUCUCUAUAAUCUGGUUUUAAUUGCAGUUGAUCGAUACAUUGCUGUCAGUGAUCCUCUGCAUUAUCCCACUAGAAUCACAGUUUGUAAAACAUCUCUGUUCAUAGUUCUAAGCUGCUCAUUUUCCCUGUUGUAUGCAAUUAACUUUUUUUACUUUAAUGACCAUCUACUUCAAUCUCAAAUAAUCACCAGUUGUUAUGGAGAGUGUGUGUUAAAUGUUAAAUAUUCCUGGUUGAUUACUGAUCUUUUUGUUUCAUUUCUCGCUCCUUGCUCCGUUAUACUGAUCCUUUAUUCAGUCAUUUUUAAUGCUGCAAGACAGCAAGCUAAAGCUGUCAGAGCUGUACGACAUACUGAAAAGAAAAAAAAAGAAAGCGCCUCUGAAACUAAAGCAGCAAGAACACUGGGACUCGUGAUUUUUGUUUAUCUUUCUUGCUGGAUUCCAUUUUAUAUAUGUUCUCUGUCCAUUGAAAAGAUGACAACUGCCACAAUAGCUUGGACUGUGUUUGGCUGGUUAAUAUGCAUAAACUCCUCUUUGAAUCCACUGAUGUAUGCAAUAUUCUAUCCAUGGUUUAGAACAUCAGUAAACUUUAUUGUAUCUUGUCGAAUAUUUGAAUCCUCAUCUUCAAGUUUUAAUCUGAUACAAGAUCGUUUUUAAUUUAAUGUCAUGUUCGUUUCAGUGAAUGAAGUUAGACCACUAUGCAGUUACUGAUCACAUUCAGCACAGUUUUAUAAAUACGGUUCUGUUUACAUUAUUUACAUUAAGACUGUAUUUACAAAAACUGUAGUAACUGUUAUUUUAUGAAUAUGAUUAUAAGAUUAUUAUGUUUAUCAGAACAAAAGACCUGCUUAUGACAGUCAUGUUGAAAUGAUUUACUGUUACUAAGUUCAGGGUUUAAAAGUACAUUAAAUAAAUUUGUUUUUCAAAAAUAACUUACUUUUCAUUCUGGUAACUUACCAUUGGAUAUUAUCUGAAAUAUGUCCAUCACCAAUAUAA